AUGAGUGUCGUAAAAUCUGAAGAUGUCCAUAAGGUCCCUCACUAUUAUUUGCCUCACCAUGGUGUGGUUAAUGAAAAUAGCACCACCACGAAAUUACGCGUAGUGUUCGAUGCCUCAGCUAGAACCUCUAAUCAACAUUCUCUAAAUGACAUUCUUCUUACUGGACCUAAACUUCAGACUCACAUAUUUUGCAAUUUGAUAACAUUUCGUUCCUAUCCCGUUGCUUUUGUGGCUGACAUCGCCAAAAUGUAUCGUCAGAUUCGUAUUGCUGAGGAAGAUCAAGAUUAUCAAAGAAUAGUGUGGAGGAAUAAUCAAGAUGAACCUCUAAAAAUAUUUCGUCUUAACACAGUGACAUACGGUACGUCAGCAGCGCCAUUCUUAGCUCUACGUACUCUCCAUCAACUAUGUGACGAUGAAAAGGAAAAUUUUCCAAUUGCGUCAGAAUUAUCGCGUACUCAUUUUUAUGUCGACGACUUAUUGUGCGGUGCUGCAUCUGUUGGAGAAGCAAGAUCCAUAAUACCCGAAAUGAUAAAAUUCAUGGAAAGUGGGGGUUUCCCUCUGCGCAAAUGGUCAUGCAAUUACCCGGAGGUAAUAGAGAAUCUUCCUGAUCACAUGAGAGCUUCUACCGAUACCCAUUCCUUUCAAAAUGACGUAAAUCAGAAAGUCUUGGGUCUUGAAUGGAAUGGAACUAAAGACAGUCUUCGGGUUCGGGCAGUCCUUACAGAACAUAGCAGUUCUGGAGAAGGUGGUCCAAGGAUUAUCUGCAGUCACUUCAACCCAGGACCCGGUGGACCAGAGCAGGACGUCAACUGCAGCUGGGACAAAUGGUCUUGGUAG